AUCUUCUUGCAAACAAGACGCAUCAGUCAGACGGGGCACGGUUUUGUGGAUGGUUUCGUAACUCGCGACACGGUCCGUCAUCGAAGAAAAGUGUAGCAAAAAAAAAAAGUACAGCAGCCAAAGGAGGAAAAAACGCAGAACGGAUUCGUCGACUCGUCUCGGCGGGGGAGUGCGUUUGUGUUCUUGCGGGAGGAUACCGAAAACGAGGUCUAUUCCGGCGUUUUCAAGAGUUUUUUUGGAAGCAGGAAAAAGUUGAAAUUGCGGCUUUCCGCAAGAAGGUGUUUGGCCCCCUCUGAAAUUGAUCGGAUUGGGGGAACACAAGUUUACAAGUGCAAAAGACGAAGAAAAGAAGCGAAAUUUUAUGUUGAUUUUAUGCUGCUGGAUUGCUUUGGAACGCCGUUGUUGACCCCCACCGAACAGAAGCCAAAGAAGAGUCGUGGGAGCCUGGCAGCAGUUUAUUGUCUUUUGAUCCACUUCGGGGAGCUUUCCCCGGGAGUUCGGUGUGAAUAUCAAACAAACUUCUGAGAGGAGGGUGAAGGUGAAGUAAUUUCAACAAUCGAUUGUUGCCGCUUCCGCUAGAUGUGAGUGAGGUGAUUGGAUUUUGGGGGAUAGAUAGGAAAAAAACUGCACACGAUAAUAUGGUGGCAUGGUCGGCUUCCCAUCGACGACACGUUCGCAUUCUGCUCGUGGGGGACCAGGGCGUUGGGAAGACGUCACUGAUCCUGUCGCUCGUCAGCGAAGAGUUCCCGGAAGAUGUGCCCACAAAAGCGGAGGAGAUUACCAUCCCGGCGGAUGUCACCCCGGAACAGGUCCCGACCAACAUAGUCGAUUAUUCAGCUACCGAGCAAACGGAUGAGGCGCUGGCAGAGGAAAUUCAGAAGGCGCACGUGGUCUGUAUAGUCUAUUCGGUGGAAUGCGACGAAUCGUUGGACAGAAUCACCACGCAUUGGCUGCCGGUGAUACGGGAAUAUUCCGGCGAACAGCGCAAACCGGUGGUUCUUGUUGGCAACAAAAUUGAUCUCAUCGAUUACUCAACUAUAGACCAUGUACUGUCGAUUAUGGAAGACUUCCCCGAGGUGGAGAGCUGCGUGGAAUGUUCGGCGAAGACACUGCACAAUAUCUCGGAAAUGUUUUACUACGCACAGAAAGCGGUUCUCCAUCCAACUGCUCCGCUGUAUAUCAUGGAGGAGCAAGAUCUAACUGACGCCUGCAAGAAAGCUUUGAUUCGAAUAUUCAAAGUCUGCGACAUUGACGGAGACGGUUUGCUGAACGACUACGAACUGAAUCACUUUCAACGUCGCUGCUUCAAUGCUCCUCUACAGCCACAGGUCCUGGACGAGGUGAAGGCCGUUCUUAUGAAAAACACCCCGGAUGGUAUCCGUAAUGAUUCGGUGACGCUAAAGGGCUUCCUCUUCCUGCACUGCCUCUUCAUCCAACGGGGACGCAACGAAACAACGUGGGCCGUGUUGCGUCGGUUUGGAUAUAAUGAAAAUUUAGAAAUGAGUUCGGAAUACCUUCACCCAGCAGUGAAAAUCCCGCCAGGCAGCAGUACCGAACUGUCCCACCGUGGACAGCAGUUUCUGAUCUCGCUUUUCGAGCGAAGCGAUCGAGAUGGCGAUAAUGCUCUGUCCCCGGAGGAGUUCCGCGUUGUGUUCAGCGCUUGCCCUUGUCCACCUUUCUCCACCGAUAUCAAGCGUACGGUACCAACAAACGAAAACGGUUGGCCGACGCUACACGGAUGGAUGUGCCGGUGGACACUGAUGACCCUGGUCGAUUUGAACAAAACGCUAGAAUACUUGGCAUACCUGGGCUUCAGCGUGCACGAGAACGAGUCCCAACUGGCUGCAAUACACAUCACUCGGGAACGGAGAAUAGAUUUGGCCAAGAAACAGAACAGCCGAUCCGUGUACAUGUGUCACGUCAUCGGACCUAAAGGGUCAGGCAAGACUGCUUUCUGCCGGGCUUUCCUAGCCGAAGAUAUGCGGAAACUUUCAGACAAAGACAUACGCGGUACGAACCAGUAUGCCAUCAACACGGUUCAGGUGUACGGGCAGGAAAAGUAUCUGGUCCUGCGGGACAUUGACGUGCGCCAGGUGCUGGACCCGUUGCAACCGAGCGAAGUGAACUGCGACGUGGCUUGCCUGGUGUACGAUAUCAAUAACCCAAAGUCGUUCGAAUACGUCGCCCGGAUAUACAUCAAAUACUUUGCCGAGAGUAAGAUACCGGUCCUGAUAGUCGGCGCCAAGGCGGACAUGGAGGAAAUGCGGCAGGAAUAUCUGCUGCAGUCGCCGGACUUUUGCCACAAGUACAAACUACUGCCGCCGCAGUACUUCAGCAUCAAGCACAACAAGAAGGACAUCUACACGAAACUGGCGACGAUGGCCGCAUUUCCUCGUUUCCAAGCCGCGUGGAUUCUUUUCUAUAAGCAUAGAUUGGUGCAGUUAUGGGAACAAACUCACCUGAAACAGUUCGGUCUAAUGUCCAGCGAUCCGUUGCUGUGGUGGAAGGCAGGCCUCGGUAUAGCAGCAGCGACCAUCGUGGGAUUUUUCGUCGUGAAGGCUUUCCACGGUUCCAGCUCACAUGCGCGAUGAAUCGGCUUAACAACUUGCUAAAUCGUAGAAUCACCAGCCGGUAAGAGCAAUUUGAAAAUAAACACAUUUUACCAACCAGACGACCAGCGGAUAAGCGCUGUCGUUGUCUUAACUAGAUUUGUUCCGAGUCUACUGUAAAUAGUCGUCACUAGCGAUACAAGUUGCAAAGUUGUGUUUAGCUACUAAGGUUCAGAAUUCAGAUUAUUGCAACGUUUGCAUUAUUGCAUUGACUCGCUGAAGAAUUCCUAGCAAUGGCCAAAUUUAUAUGGCUUUCAGACUAGACUCUAAGCAGCUUUUUCUAAUGUUUAACAAUACAGAAAUAUCAAUACCAAACAUAGCUUGUCUUUAUUACCACUUUAUCCCGCAAUAUUAUCUUUAGUUUGUAUUUCCAUCCAUCUCAACUUCGUUGAUGCCAUAUCUUAUAUUUCACGUGGCGCGCGCUGAUACCAAUCCUUCAAAAGUAUGAUUUAGAUUGCGCAUUCAACCUUCUGUAGCCAGAAUUAAGGUCCAGUUCGUGUUCGAGAAAAUUUGAGAAUCUAAAAAGUAAUUUCCUCUGAAACAGCAGAACAAAAUAAGAAUAUCAGUUUUGUAAUUUGACAAACAGAACCAACUGAUAUCUUUAUUUUCAUCGACUCGUUGGCUUUUACGGAGAAAACAAGGCUUAUUAGAUUUGAAUUGUGCUUAAAUGCGGAUUGCCCUUUAUUAUAAUCAGUUUCAUCGGAAAAAUUGUCAGAGUCUAGACACACAGAGAUUGUAAAUUAGUUUGACCAUACACAUUGGUACCAAUAAAGAAAUCAAUAGUAAGAUAUAAA